GAACGACGGCGGGAGAGCUAGAGGGUCUCGUACGAGGCUAACAUCUCUGUGUACACAUGCAGACACUAGUUAUCUAGCACCUCUUACUUCAAAUUUCUAAGAGUGCACUAAAUCUGAUGUAAAUGCAGCAAUGAGAGAAUUUACGUCCGUUUGUUAAAUUUGAUCACGUGUUAUUUUCGUCAAAAUUUUUGCCGUUCCAUUUCUGGGACGCUUUGGGAUGACGUCACAACACAACAGUUUCAAACACUUAUUGUUAAUUAACAAUUACAGACGACCACAAACAGUCAAACGGACAAGGCGUGGGUUACACGCUAAACUCGCUCGCUUCGCUCGUUUCAAAUUAUGCCAGUUCUUUGUAUGCGCAUGCGUAGUUUAUCACUUUGUAUUUUUGCACGAUGCAGUAAGAUCGUGGCCUAACGUACCUAGCUGACUAGGCGACGACAGCUGAAGUUGUCUAGGUACUUUCCAUCGCCAUAGUGUUUAUCGUUUGUAGACAAGGUAUCAAAAUAGUCCUAAUAACUAAUCGCGAUCAAGCUACCUCACUAGACUGUAGGUAUGGACUCUCGUCAAGCAGUUCUGAAGGAGACAUUGAGUGCUCUCAAGUCGUCUGUUCACAUAUCACAGUAUAUGGCAUUCAUCAAGAUAGUUCACUACGCUAUCUGCAAACUGCUGGACUCAAACGGAGAAGACUACUUGCGCGUUAUCAACAAACACGAGCCCGACUUUGCUGUUGCUGCUAUUGAGAGUACGCUUGCUACCACCAUCAUGUACUUGAUGGGUUUUGAAGAAACGGAAGAUGGUAACUGCAUGCUGCUUCAUGAGUAUGAAGCCAAUCAACCUACUCUGCUUGCUUUUUGUGAAGUCGCUGCCGACCAGCUGAUAAUCACUAAAGGUGAUGUUACCGAGUCUCUACCUUUAGAAGAUAUAUAUGAUAAAGGAAUACUGACUGUUUACUUUGCAUAUCAUUUAUAUCUUCGAGUCGAGCUCCUCACGAUGCAUACAGUGUCUCACAUGUUGGAGACUGUUGCUUCUGAUAUUCAGAAUAGUAUGGCGUGUGUCGAGAGGGCUGUCGGGCGAUUGGGCAUACUCAAGAGCGGCUCGAGUGCACGCAUUUUGUGGAGUGCACUGCGUCAGAAGAUUAUAAAAUACACUGAGACAGGCAAUCGGCACUACGAUCGAGAAGAAAUCAGAAGCGAUUUUGACCAUCUGGGUGGCUUGGUUACAUCCGAGAUGAGUGACCAAGUGCCAUGGCGUUUGAUUCAGCUGUGGUAUCACGUUCAGAAUCUACAGGCAGUUGUUGGAGCUUCUUUUCUUGGUAAUCCGAUUCCUCCCAAAGCAGCAGAUACUUAUCUAAGUAUUACUGAUAAGAUGGGUCGAGAAUGCAUGUCGGAGGAAUAUUUGUCUACAUUGGAUGACGUGCGUGAAAAGAUGCAGUUUGCUAUUUUUCGGUCUCUCACUGAUGCGGAAAUAGCAUUUGUACACGAAAAGUCUGUUUGGCAGUGUGAGCACUUUCUGAGGCACUUCAAACCAGAAGCAUUUACUGUGGGCAUCGAAAGUCCUUGGCAGCAACUGAAGAGUCUUGACAGUGGGCUUGGUGUAGAAGCUGUGGAAGCAAUGAGAGCAAUGAGAGACAGCGAGGCAUUACAGAAACAGGUACGAGAGGAGAAAACAAUGAGCAAAACCACAAGUGAUGCUGCAUUAGAGCAUAAAGGUGAUAGAUGUAGUGAUAGGCAGAAAAACAUUGUCUCUGAGUGUGAGAAGGAUCAAGUUGUGGAGCCUCCCAAAAUAGUGCCCGAAAGGGCAGCAUAUGGAGAAGCAACUGGCGAGGAUGUGUCUACACUUUCUGAUCCUGUGACAAGCAGCAAGCACGGCGAUGAUGCCGAUGAAUACCCUUCACACGUGGAAUUAGCGGAUACAUCUGAUUUUGCAAUAGUGAAAUUGGAAUCAAUGAAUAGUGUAAGGAAACUGAAUGAUAUGCUGGAAUCGAUUCAUUCAGCGUCGGAGGCAAAGUCUUUCCACUCUCGUCUCUCGUUGUGGCUUGUUCACCAUGAAAAGGCACUCACAACUUUACAUCAGGAGAAAUCUGAGCUCUGCUCGUCUCUUACUGAAACAAAAGAUGAAUCAAUUAAGUGUUUGUUACAGUCGGCUGUCGAGGAGAAGGACGAGGACAUUCUGUGGGCAGAUUCACAGUUAAAGAGGUUGAAGCAUUUACGAGAGCAGUCUGAAGAGAAGUUUCGGAAGUGGAGACACCGGUAUGGUCACGACCUUCCCAGUGCAGUCUUGUUGACUCAUUUGGUCAGAAUAUUGUCACAACUGAAGGACGAUGAUUCUCUUCUACCUGUUUUGGUUGUAAGUGUUCUCGACUAUUAUGAUAGGGACGAGAUUUUGAAACUUUGUAGUGCUCUUCACAUUCAAACAGAAGAAAGAAAUGUGAGAGACAAAAUCUGUAGCAAGCUGCAGAAACCAGUUUAGCUUGAAUUUUGCAUAUUUGUAGGAUCUUAUUUUAAUUAGUUUGCAACAAGUUGGUGUUUCAUUUUUUGUAUUAAUUAACUGUGUACAUGAUAAAACGAGCAUUUACCUAGAUGUUGUUGGAAUUCUGUUGAUGUAUUUAGGGACAGUACUGUAGUCAUGAUUAUGUACAAAUCACAUUCUUUUUCACGUGGCA